CUUGGCAGCGGCCCUUGCCAUCAUCGGGCAAGGCGCGACCCUUGACAGCGGCAUCACUUUGGUCAUCACGUGCAGCCUGUAUUUCAUCUACCACUGUCUAAUAUAUACACUUCGGUGCAGACUUUGGUAUGUGGGUUGGAUGGGCGCGUUGUGCUCGUCGAGUCGUUCGACAUGAUGUGAAGGCGCCACGGAGGCUGCUCUCCACCCAAACUCCCCAAGCGGACCUGCUAUCAAAAACCACUCGUAAUAUUGGCAUUGUUGCCCACAUCGAUGCAGGCAAGACAACGACAACGGAGCGCAUGCUUUAUUACAGUGGGUACACACGAAGAAUAGGAGAUGUCGAUGAAGGAUCCACUGUGACCGACUUCCUGCCUGCUGAACGAGCUCGUGGAAUUACUAUCCAGUCUGCAGCAAUCACCUUCCAUUGGCCACCCCAGGAACCUGGCGCAAACCCUCCUCCAGCACCAGCGUCCUUUGAGUCCAUCGCUCCGUCAUCGAUCCCGCACAAUGUAAAUCUGAUCGACACACCUGGCCACGCGGACUUUACUUUUGAGGUUUUGCGCUCUCUUCGUGUGCUAGACGGUGCCGUCUGCAUUCUAGACGGCGUUGCUGGCGUCGAAGCACAAACAGAAAAGGUUUGGACGCAGGCUGGUAAUUACCAAAUACCCAGGAUCAUCUUUGUCAACAAGCUUGAUCGAGUCGGUGCUGCCUUCUCGAGGACUGUGAAGGAAAUUGGCGUCAGGCUCCACGGCUGGCCUGCAAUUUGUCAGAUUCCAUGGUGGAAAGGUGGCAAUGGCGAUUUCGUUGGUGUCGGCGACGUUGUCAAUCUUCGCGGUAUGCUAUGGCAGUCCGGCGGUGACGGAAGAGACAUUCGGGCAUAUGGCCUUGAAGAGCUGGACAAGACCGAUGCAAAGUUUGCCGAAGAGAUUAGGAAGGCCAGAGUCGCUCUUGUCGAAACACUGAGCGAGCACGAUGAUGUUAUGGUCGAGUCCUUCCUUGAGCAUGAUGAAGAUCAUCUGGCUAUACCUGCUUUGCACAUCUGGCAGUCCCUCCGACGAGUCACACUGCAGAGCUCACAAGCUGUCAUACCUGUUUUUGCCGGAGCUAGCUUCCGGAAUGUUGGUAUUCAGCCUUUACUCGACGCAACAGUCGAUCUACUUCCAUCACCCCUCGAGCGCCCUGACCCAGAGAUCAGCAUCUCAGGUCAGAGCAGCACCCUGUCCACGCUACUCAAUGCAUCUGCAAACGCCAAACCUGCAAAGUCAACAAAGAAGUCACAGCAGUCGAAAGAUCUAGCGACCCCUGAGGUCAAGAAUCUCGCAGCUUGCGCCCUCGCCUUCAAGGUAGUCAAUGACACCAAACGAGGUGUGCUGGUGUACGUACGCGUUUACUCUGGAUCGCUGGACAAAGGGGCAAUGCUCUAUAACACGAACUUGGGAGUCGCAGAACGUGCGCCACGUCUGCUCAAAAUGUACGCAAACGAUGCUGUGGAAGUCGACAGCAUCGGACCCGGCCAGAUCGGUGUAAUCACGGGUCUCAAGCAUGCAAGAACUGGUGACACACUGAUCGUGUACAGAGGCCUGCAGAUGCGAGGUACACCAGCUGGUGGACUGAACACUCUGCAGUUGAGGCCUAUCAAUGUACCGCCGCCGGUCUUCUUCACAAGCAUUGAGCCACACAGUCUCAGCGAGCAGAAGCACAUCCAUGAGAGUCUGGCGAUCUUGCUGCGAGAAGAUCCCAGUCUGCACCUCUCGAUUGAUGAAGAGUCAGGACAGACGCAUCUCGCGGGUAUGGGCGACCUGCAUCUUGAGAUUGCCCGCGACCGCCUCCUCAACGACUUCAAAGCGAAAGCACGCAUCGGCAAGAUCGAGAUCGGGUACCGCGAGACUAUCACCUCAGUAACAUCACCCUACACUUACGAACUCGACAAGCCCAUCGCCGGCAAACAAGCAAAAGCCACCAUCACCGCCUCCGUCGAGCCUAUAGAGGACAGCAUGAUCAUCCCCGGCACGCAAGUCGAGACCGAAAUCGAAGACGGUCCCUUCGAAACAACGUUUACCCUACUCGACAACAACAGCCUCAGCAUCUCCCACCCCAACCUCUCCCGCCACGACUCCGCAUCCCACAAAGCGCACAUCCCGCCACACCUCUCGCUUCCAGGUAUCCUGCACUCCCUCCAAGCCGGCGCCUCCGCAGCCCUCGCCCGCGGCCCUUUCAACGGCUUCCCCGUCGCCAACACGCGGGUGCGCAUCGACCUCGACGCUGACACACAGCUCUUCCCCGACACAACGCCGGCCGCACUCUCAAUGGCGACACGCGCAGCCGUGAAUGCAAGCCUCCGCUCCGCCAUCGCCGCAAACGCACCCUCACUGAUGGAGCCCGUGAUGAACGCAACCAUCUUCGUCCACGAAUCUUCCCUCGGCCCCGUCGUACAAGACAUUUCCUCCGCACGGGGCGGCCAAGUGCUCUCGCUCGACGGCUCCGAGUCCAUCGCUGCCUCCACAUCCACUGAAUAUUUGCCAAGGAUUGAUCCGAAUCUGAUAUACACGCCGCCCGAUCCGUUCGCGAAUGGCACGGGCGAUGUUGGGGGUGAGCUUGCGGAUAGCCAGAGGCAGAUCGUGGCGAGGGUGCCGUUGAAGGAGAUGGUGGGCUACUUGAGCCACCUCCGCGCGCUGACAGGCGGGCGAGGCACUUUCGUCAUGUCGGUUGAUGGGUUUGAGAAGAUGGGUACGCAGCGGCAGAAGGAGGUUUUGGAUAGUAUGCGGGAAUUCUAGAUGGCUGUAUGAUACUACGGGGGUGUAUAGGACUGUACAAGAUUGUAAGAUAGAUAGAUGCAG